GGCCGAUCGGCGUCGGAGUCGGAGCCUGGGUGACGACGUCCUCGGCUCAAAAUCCCCCUUCCCGAGCCCACCGAAUGCCCUUCUCUGUUCUCUCCCGAACACGUUCCCUUCUGCGCUGCUGGAAAUAUGGCCACCUCUGCCAACCACCCCGUCAACUCAGACCUGCUCUUCUGCCCGCGCCUGAUCCCGGCAAGCCAGCAGCAGGCACUGCCCGAUGGAUUCGCGGUUCGCCCGCUCUCCAUCAAGGACUACGACAAAGGUUUCCUCCAGGCUCUCUCGCAGCUAACCACUGUCGGCGAUCUCACCAAGGAACAGUUUGUCGAUCGAUUCUCGUAUCUCAAGGCCCACAACCACGAAUAUUUCACCAUAGUCAUCGAAGACGUCAAGAAGAGUCUGAUCAUUGCCGCCGGCACCGUGUUUGUCGAGCGCAAGUUUGUCCACAAUACCGGUCUGGUCGGCCAUAUUGAAGACAUUGUCACCCUCCAGACAUACCGAGGACUGAACUUGGGAAAGCGUAUCAUCGAGACGCUCAAGGACAUUGGCAAGGGCCGUGGGUGCUAUAAAGUCAUCUUGGACUGCAGUGACAAGAACAUACCCUUCUACGAGAAGUGCGGUUUUGUUCACAAGGAAUACGAGAUGGUCUGGUACAUCGACGAAUCCAAGAACACACCUGCCGCCGCCAAGCCUAUCGUCAAGUCCAAGCUCUGAGGGAAGGUACCAGACCUGCACCAUACACUCGGAUGGGGGCAGCAGCUUAUAGUGACGAAUUAUGCUGAUAAAAAGCCAUGACAAUAAACGAAUACUGGCGGAGGCGAGCGCAAUGCGUGCUAUACGAGUGGAAUGCGUGCAAUACGAGUGGAAUGCGCGCUGUGAUCCCGCAGGAAAAUACUACAAGAGUCAGGUCGUUUGUGCAUACAGCUUGUUCGGAGAGUCAUGUUUCGUUCGGCGCAAACUUACAGUGUGCUGCAACCCAAUGAAACACAUCAUCUCUUCUGAACAAAGUCC